GGCCCUGAUCGAACACCUCACAGUGAUAGUAAACAACAAUUAAUGAUGCCCCCAUCUUUACUGUUCCCAAUUAAGUGAUAAUAUCUCAUUAAUUAAUUAAUUCAUUAUCCCUUUCUUCCUCUCGAUGAUGGCUAUGGCGGUUGUUUCCCCAGAAGCAAUCACGGCCGUCCUAUGUGUUGUCACGUGCUCCCUUCUCGCCAUCACCACCGUCCACUCCGACGCCUCUGAUCAUCGGUACAAAGCUGGAGACCCCGUCCCUCUCUACGCUAACAAGGUGGGCCCCUUCCAUAACCCCAGUGAGACCUACCGAUAUUUCAACCUUCCCUUUUGUGCUCCAGAGCAUGUGCAAGAGAAGAAGGAAGAUCUAGGGGAAGUGUUGAAUGGAGAUAGACUUGUGAGUGGUCCUUAUGAACUUGAUUUCUUGGUGGACAAAGAAUCUGAAGUUUUGUGCAAAAAGCGGCUGACAAGGACAGAAGUAGCAAUUUUCCGCAGAGCGGUAGACAAAGAUUAUUACUUCCAAAUGUAUUAUGACGACUUGCCGAUUUGGGGCCUCAUCGGGAGAGUGGACAAGGAAGGCAUAGAAGAUCCCAAAGAUUAUAAGUAUUUUCUUUACAAACACAUUCAUUUCGAUAUCCAUUACAACGGAGAUCGUGUUAUAGAGAUCAAUGCGCGGACUGAUCCUCAUGCAGUCAUUGAUUUGAGUGAAUCCAAGGAAGUGGACGCUGAGUUUACAUACACUGUGAAAUGGAAAGAAAGUAAUAUCCGUUAUGAGGACAGGAUGGAUAAGUUCUCCCAAUCAUCUUCUCAGCCUCACCAUCUCGAGAUUCACUGGUUCUCAAUUAUCAAUUCUUGUGUCACGGUUCUCCUUUUAACGGCUUUUCUUACCACAAUUUUGAUGCGAGUCCUCAAAAAUGACUUCAUCAAGUAUGCACAUGAUGAAGAGGCUGUGGAUGACCAAGACGAGACUGGGUGGAAGUACAUACACGGUGAUGUAUUCCGCUUUCCGAAACACAAGUCAAUUUUUGCAGCAGCGCUCGGAUGUGGCACACAACUAUUUACACUGGCAAUAUUUAUUUUUAUACUAGCGCUUGUGGGCGUUUUCUAUCCGUAUAAUCGGGGAGCCCUAUUCACUGCCUUGCUGGUAAUAUAUGCACUUACUUCAGGUGUUGCUGGAUACACAGCAACUUCAUUUUAUUGCAUGCUUGAAGGGACUAAUUGGGUGAGAAAUUUGUUGUUCACUGGGUGCCUUUUCUGCGGCCCUCUGGUCAUCACGUUCUGCUUCCUCAAUUCUGUUGCAAUUGGAUACACUUCAACUGCAGCUCUCCCGUUUGGCACAAUUGUCGUUAUAAUCCUAAUAUGGGCGCUAGUGACAUCUCCAUUACUCGUUUUGGGGGGAAUUGCAGGAAAGAAUAGCAAAACAGGGUUUCAAGCUCCCUGUCGUACUACUAAAUAUCCGAGAGAAAUUCCGAAGCUUCCUUGGUACAGAUCGGUUGUCCCCCAGAUGGCAAUGGCUGGCUUUUUGCCAUUCAGUGCUAUAUAUAUUGAACUAUAUUACAUAUUUGCAAGUGUAUGGGGCCAUAAGAUCUACACCAUUUAUAGCAUCUUGUUUAUUGUCUUCAUCAUUCUUCUCAUCGUUACGGCAUUCAUCACAAUUGCUUUGACCUACUUCCAGUUAGCUGCAGAAGAUCAUGAAUGGUGGUGGAGGUCAUUUCUAUGUGGUGGCUCAACUGGAAUCUUUAUCUAUGCCUAUUGCUUGUACUAUUUCCAUGCAAGAUCAGAUAUGUCUGGUUUCAUGCAAACAUCGUUUUUCUUCGGUUACAUGGCUUGCAUUUGUUAUGGCUUCUUUCUUAUGCUCGGAACUGUCGGUUUUCGGGCUGCCCUCCUCUUCGUUCGCCAUAUUUAUAAAUCGAUAAAGUGCGAGUAGAAAGAGUUAUUGCUUGAUCUUAGCAUGCAUCUUUCAUGCUGCUUAAGUUUUGGUUAGAAAGAAUUUGAAUUGAUCUAUUCAGCUUCUAUAUUUAUAGUAUUUCCGUAGCCCCGUCUUGAAAGGAUACGGUAUUUCAGAUAUUUUCGAACUCUAAAAUACCAACGAUGUUGCAAACGGUAUGGGA